AUGAUUGUUCUUCCACUUUCUCGGUGUAAUGACCAUUGUUCCCCUGGAUAUUGGAAAAAAGGAGAUGAAGGAAAAAAAUUCUGUUGCUAUGACUGCGUUCGAUGUUUGGAAGGGAAGAUUUCAAAUCAAAUGGAUAUGGAUGACUGUUUUGAAUGUUCAGAAGAUCAUUAUCCAAAUAAGGAAAAGAUAGAAUGCAUUGUGAAACCGGUGGUCUUUCUAAAUAUUGAAGAAACCCUAGGAAUUGCUUUAGCCUCAACGGCUCUUUCUUUCUUCUUCUUCACAAUGUGGGUACUUGGCACUUUUAUUAAACACAGGGAUACUCCCAUUGUCAAAGCCAACAACCGGUCCCUCACCUACACCCUGCUUGUCUCUCUUCUGCUCUGUUUUCUCUCCUCUUUGUUGUUCCUCAGCCAGCCUGGUAAAGUGAUCUGUCUUCUCCGACAAUCAGCUUUUGGCAUCACUUUCUCAGUGGCCAUUUCUAGUGUCCUGGCCAAAACUAUUACUGUGGUUGUUGCUUUCAUGGCCACUAAACCAGGAUCUCAAAUGAGGAAAUGGGUGGGGAAAAGAUUGUCCUUUUCUAUUGUCCUUUCAUGUUCCCUCUUACAAGUAUGCAUUUGUAUUCUUUGGUUGUCAACAUCUCCCCCAUUCCCUGAGUUGGACAUGCACUCAGAGCUCCAAGAAAUAAUUUUACAGUGCAAUGAGGGUUCAGCUCUCUUCUUCUAUUGUGUCUUGGGCUACAUGGGUAUCUUGGCCAUCGCCAGCUUUAUUGUGGCUUUCCUUGCCCGCAAAUUACCCGACAGCUUUAAUGAAGCCAAGUUCAUCACUUUCAGCAUGUUGGCCUUUUGCAGUGUUUGGAUCUCCUUCUUUCCAGCCUAUCUGAGCACAAAAGGAAAAGCCAUGGUAGCUGUGGAGGUUUUCUCCAUCUUGGCUUCCAGCGCUGCAUUACUGGGAUGCAUAUUCUUGCCAAAAUGCUACAUCAUUGUUUUCAGGCCUCAGCUAAACCACAGGGAGCAACUAAUAAAGAGGAAUUAGUACAUCAUAUACUUUUUCUUGCUAUACUGACAAAGAAGAAUAAAAAGUCUAUUUGCUGUGUAUAUGAAACAAAUAGAAGUUAUUUCUGUGAAAGGAGGAUAUUUGGAAGAUUAUUAUGAUUAUUAAUAUUUAUUAAUGUCACCCGUUCAAAAAGAAGUGUUCAUGAUGCUGCAUUUUCAAAUAUUUUUGAAGAUUGUUUAACCUAACCCCUCUCACCCCUUCAACACCUCACCUGAAGAAGAUUUUGAGAAUCUAGAUUUCUUUAAUACUGUUAGGGGAUUUCAGAUAUUGACUCAAAGGAUAUCCAAACUCUUUCAUGGUUUUUAUACUUUUUGUUCAUAAAUCACUGUAUCAAUAAAGUAAAAAGCUGAUUAACAUUUCAUGAACAUGUAUUUGGUACAGUAUCAUGGGAUAUCAGUUUUCAGUUGUUUAGGGUUCUUUUGAAAUGUAAAAUUUAAAAAGUUUCUGAAUCCGAAUUUGAAGGU